AUAGGGAAAAUUUUAAGACCGGAAAAGACUCAUUUCUACGAUAGAUCUGAAAACAGCAGAGAUGGCUCCACCGCUGGGAUGGGUCUGGAACUAGAUGGGUCAAAAAUCGCACACUUUUAGGACCUACUCCAAGGCCAUAACUGAGUAACAGGCGUAAAAUAACCAUUAAUCAAACUUGGGCUCAUAAAACUUACGAUAAAAUCCAAAUAAGCAACGGUCACAGAAGACAGAUUCAAAUUUUGAUAGAAAUCGUUCGAAUUGGCAACACUGGACACGUCAACAUUGUCGCUGUCAUUCGCUGACAGCGCCGACAGUACAAUUGUCAAUUUGCCGAGUUCGUCCAAAACAAGACUCAAGCCGUAUCUCUGCCGCACGAUGUUCAAGAAGUUUGACGAAAAAGAAAGCGUCUCUGGGGUGCAGCAACUGAAGUCCUCGGUGCAGAAAGGCAUCCGGGCCAAGCUGAUUGAGCAGUUUCCCACCAUCGAAAACCACAUCGAUCUAGUUUUACCGAAGAAAGAUGCUUUCCGGAUAGUUAAGUGUCACGACCAUAUUGAACUGCUAAUCAACGGCGCAGGCGAGCAGGUUUUCUUCCGUCACAGAGACGGACCAUGGAUGCCGACGUUGAAGCUGUUCCAUCGGUUUCCAUUCUUCCUGCCGAUGGAACAGGUGGACAAGGGUGCGAUCCGGUUCGUACUAAGCGGAGCCAACAUUAUGUGCCCCGGGCUGACGUCACCGGGUGCGUGCAUGACCAAGGUGGAGAAGGGAACGGUUGUGGCAAUAAUGGCCGAAGGCAAGCAGCACGCGCUGGCCAUCGGAUUGACCGCCAUGUCGACCGAUGAUAUUGCCAAAGUAAAUAAGGGCGUUGGUGUGGAAAAUUGCCACUAUCUCAACGACGGAUUGUGGCAGAUGAAACCGAUUAAAUAAAACACGUCCUAAAAGGGCUUUUCUCGAUUGCUGUGUUUUACACGAAA